UUUGGGAAACUGACCGGUGAAACGGAGGCAACUUUAAGCAGCAGAUCAGAAACACCUUCCUCAUGAUGCCUGAUAGACUGAGGACCCUCCCUUGACCUCUGAGGAGGGGCCGCAGACCGAUGAACCCGCAUCACAUCCUCUCUCUAUACUAAGAACCAGGUCAGACAUAGAAGGAUUGCACCGUACUACACCAGAGAAUACAGAGAGGAUAGACACUGCAGGUAGAUACUGACCAUCACCCAAGGAACAACUGCACAACUGUGGGAAGACAUCCAGUCCCUUCACAGCAUUGCUCAACAUAGAGAAGGUUGGGCAGUGAAACCAUCAUCUGGAAAUCGGUCGGGUCAGGGGAGCUUUGACAGAUCAUCAGAUCUGAAACUGGUCAGUGGUGUGGAGCCUUCCAUCAGAAUCCGAGGGUUUGGCGGUCGGUCAGAAGGAUUGCACCGCACUGCACCAGAGAAUACAGAGAGGAUAGACACCACAGAUAGAUCCUGACCCAUCACCCAAGGAACAACUGCACAACUGUGGGAAGACAUCCAGUCCCUUCACAUCAUUGCUCAAUACAGAGAUUCCAUCAUCUGGAAAUCGGUCGGGUCAAGGGAGUUUUGACAUAUCAUCAGAUCUGAAACUGGUCAGUGGCGAGAAACCUUCCAUCAAAACCAACCUUUCUGAAUGUUCGGCUGUGGGCGGUCGGUCAGAAUGAGGCUGGGAAGAAGUGUGAGUGGGCUCCAAGUAUGGUGAGAGAUUCAGUCAUUCAUCGAGCCUCAUGAACCACUGACUCAUUCUGAUAGGUGAGAGGCUGUUCAAGUGUGAGGUGUGUGAGGAGGACUCUACGGGCUCAUAAGAUCCUCUAACAUAAAGUGCAUCUUUAACAACCAUUGUUAAGUCAAGGGCAGCCACAUGGAGGGGCAAUGGUUUAAGUGUGAGAUAUGUGAUAAAGCAUUUGUGACAUCUUCGAGUCUCCUGAUACAUCAGAGGAUUCACACAGGAGAGAAACUCCUCAGGUGUGAGUUCUGUGAGGCGCGUUUCACUGAUUCCUCCAAUCUCCUGAGACACCAGAGGAUCCACACAGGAGAGAAACCAUUCACCUGUGAGAUGUGCCACAAAUCAUUUGCGCAGUCAGCGAAUCUCCGUGUACACCAACGCAUUCACACAGGGGAGAAACCAUUCACAUGUGAGGUGUGUGCUAAAUCAUUCUCUGACUCAUCGAACCUCCGCACUCACCAACGCAUUCACACAGGAGAGAAACCAUUCAAGUGUGAGGUGUGCAACAAAUCAUUCUCAGAUUCAUCGAAACUCCUGCUCCAUCAGACAGUCCACACAGGGGAGAAACCGUUCACAUGCAUGGUGUGCAACAAAUCCUUCUCGCGGUCUCAGAACCUCCGUGUACACCAACGCAUUCACACCGGGGAGAAACCAUUCACAUGUGAAGUGUGUGACAAAUCAUUCUCGCAGUUAACAAACCUCCGUGCACACCAAAGCAUUCACACUGGGGAGAGACCAUUCAAAUGUGAGUUGUGUGACAAAGCCUUCACACAGUUAUCAAAGCUCCUGAUCCAUCAGGGGAUCCACACAGGGGAGAAACCAUUCACUUGCGAGGUGUGUGAUAAAUCAUUCUUGCAGUCAUCAAGCCUCCGUGUACAUCAACGCAUUCACACAGGGGAGAAACCAUUCACUUGCGAGGUGUGCAACAAAUCAUUUUCAAAUCCAUCGGCGCUCUGGGGACACCGACGCAUUCAUACUGGGGAGAAACCAUUCAUGUGCGAGAUUUGUGAGAAAUCAUUCUCACGGUCAACAGAGCUCCGUGUCCACCAUCGCAUCCACACAGGGGAGAAACCGUUCACAUGCGAGGUGUGUGACAAAUCCUUCACAAGGUCAUCAGAGCUCUGCAGACACAAUCGCAUUCACACAGGGGAGAAACCAUUCAUGUGCAAAGUGUGCGACAAAUCGUUUUCAAAUUCAUCACACCUCCGCACACACCAACGCAUGCACACAGGGGAGAAACCAUUCAAGUGCAAUGUGUGCAACAAAUCAUUCUCAAAUUCAUCGCACCUGCGCACACACCAACGCAUUCACACUGGGGAGAAGCCAUUCACGUGUGAGGUGUGUGACAAAUCAUUCUCACGGUCAUCGGAGCUCUGCAGACACCAACGCAUACACACAGGGGAGAAGCCAUUUAUGUGCGAGAUGUGCUAUAAAUCAUUCUCAAAUUCAUCACACCUCCGCACACACCAGCGCAUUCACACAGGUGAGAAACCAUUCACAUGCGAUGUCUGUGACAAAUCAUUCUCGAAUUCAUCACACCUCCGCACACACCAACGUAUUCACACAGGGGAGAAACCAUUCACAUGUGAAGCGUGUGACAAAUCAUUCUCCCGACCAUCGAGCCUCCGCAUACACCAACGCGUUCACACAGGGGAGAAACCAUUCACGUGCGAGGUGUGUAACAAAUCAUUCUCACAGUCUCGAAUCCUCCGUGUACACCAACGCAUUCACACAGGGGAGAAACCAUUCACGUGUGAGGUGUGUAACAAAUCAUUUUUGCAGUCUCGAACCUUCCGUGUACAUCAACGUAUUCACACGGAAGUAACAGUUCAAGUGUGAGAUAUAUGAUAAAGCCUUCGUGAAAUUUUCAAAGCUCCUGGUCCAUCAGACAGUCCACACAUGAAGUGUGAGAUGUGCAACAAAUUAUUUUUACAGUCAUCUAAACUCCUGCUCCAUCAGAGGAUCCACACAGGGGGGUAACCAUUCAAGUGUGAGGUUUGCGAUAAAGCUUUUUUAAUGACUUUGGUGUGAGAUAUCGCUGUGAGUUCUGUAAUAAAGUCUUCACACAGUUGUUGGACAUCCUGGAACAUCAGUGAACCCACACAGGAUAUACCUGGCCAAGUUCUAGCCAAUCUGUCAUCAGAGUAUGAUUCUCUACACAAACUCACUACAAAGGAUAUUCAGUGGUAUUGAGACACAGAACAAGGAGCAGUUUUCACUCACAUCAAAUAACUAGUGAUGACAACACCAAUGCUGAGGUACAAUGAUGUCAACGAUGAAGUCACCCUGCAGUGAGAUGCCAGUGAAACAGAACUUGGAGCAACCCUCAAACAGCAAGGACAACCAGUUGUGUUUACAUCCAGAUCAUUAACACAAACUGAUGACACCAAGCACAGAUUGAGAAAGCGAUUCUUUGCUUGUGAACAUUUAAAAAAGUACCUGUUUGGGAGAGAGAAAGUGAUGGUAGAAUCUGACCACAAGCCACUUCAAAGCAUUUUUCUCAAACUACUUUUAUCUGCUCCAAAGUGUUCACAAAUUAUGUCCAGAUAUCAUUUGGAUGUGAAGACCUGAACACUUUAAAGAUUAUAUGAGCAAUGUGUGUAUAGGGGCAGAGGAAAAUUGGAACAAACUAGAAAGAACAAUGAGUUUUUUUGUUCAAGUGUGAUCAUUUUCUUUAUGGACUACUUAUGUAGAGUAAUUUGCAACAAAAAAGGGGAUGUUUGGAUAAAUCCCUUUUUCCACUGUGGCUUCCCAUAUUAAUGUGACUUCUGGUGUCAUCAUAUGUAAAUAAAGGUUUGAGGACAGUCACCAUUUUACGCACCACAGGGAACAUUGUUUAAAAUUCAAAUGGCUCCCAAUAUUUCUGGAACAACAUGAGUUUCCUGAAGCUUGGGAAACUGACCAGUGAAACAGAGGUGACUUUGAGCAGCAGAUCAGGUGGGGAUUUAAACUUGUCAUUGUCCUAUCUGAAUAAAACCUCACUUAUUGCAGCUGCUGUCUCAGUUCCCCCGGUAAACGUUUGACAGAGAUUUCUAGUGUGGGAAUAGCAUUCUUCAUCCUCGGAGGCUUUCAAAUUGACAACAUCAGUGUGGGAUGUGUAGCCUAGGAUGUGUUUGACAGCAGAUCAGAAGAGGAAGACCCACAGCAUCCAAGGCAGCAAUGACGUGUAGUGGUGGGUUCAGCACAUGCACAGGAGGGAGAGGCACAGGAGAGAGGGAGUAAUUCUCUCCUAGCUCCCCUCCUCUCUCUCUCUAGGUAGUUUUGGGGCUGGUUAGAAUUAGAUUUUAAGUAGAGGAGUCUGUUUUUAUUAAAAGAAAUCCAUUAAAACCAAGUGUUUUGAUUGAGUUAAUAACAUAAAGCUUCAGCCAUUUUGCAUCCUGCAUUAUUGUAUCACUGAGCUAAUAAUAAGCUUUCAUUGAGUUAUGUAAUUAAUAAGUUUUGUUAUUAACAACCUAUGUAAUUGAUGAUUUUUGAUUGAUGUAUUUUUGAGUUAUCCAUAUAAUAAUCAAACAA